AUGUUUAUGAUCAAUAAAAGCUGGUUAGCUCCAUCUGUUUUCACAGGUUUAAUUCAAGAGUUCUAUACCUGCAGCGCAUUUCCAUCUCCAGAAAUGCAUCCACAUCUCUUUCAAACCAUCUCUUUAUCUCUCACGGUCCUUACCGUUAUCAUUAUUCCAAAGCCAAUAUCUCUAGGUGAACCUGAUGGGCGAUAUCUAAGUUGCAGCAGUUCAUUUGAAUGCGGAAACAUUCAGGGUGUUACCUACCCUUUCUGGGGACUGACUCGUCCUCAAUACUGUGGCCAUCCAGGAUUCCGCCUUGAUUGCAGUGGUAACACCCCAGUGAUUACAAUAUCGGAACUGGCCUACCAAGUCCUUGAGAUAAAAAAUAUGUCACGAAUCCUGAAGGUUGCUAGAAAAGAUUACAAGGACAGCAUUUGUCCUAUCCUCCCCAUCAACUCCACUUUUGAUCUCAACCAUUUCAGUUAUGCUUCAAAUACUAAGAAUAUAACUCUGUACUAUGCAUGUCCAACAAUUCCAAGUCAAUUUUUACCAACCUUUGGGCUAUCCAACCAGUUCAAUUGCAGCAUAAGCAGAGCUGAUAUGGUAGGUUAUUAUCUCACAAGAACCCUGAACAUGUCAGCAAUUGAUAGCUUUGCUGCCAACAUAAGCAGGUACUUGGAGUCUUGUAAUUAUAGCAUAAUCGUUCCAGCAUAUGAAUCUGCUGUUCGGCCUAUAGAGAGCCAUCCAACAGCAGAAAAUUUGAUUGCAGCUCUUGCUCAAGGUUUUUGGUUGCAGUGGACUGCAAAUGAUUCCUUGUGCAACAAAUGUAAAUUUUCUGGUGGGCAGUGUGGAUACGAUACUGAUACCAGUAAAUUCACUUGCUACUGUCGAGAUCAGUCGUAUGCAAAUGCAACCACUUGUGAGAAAGGUACGUCCUGCCACUUUUAUUUUAUUGUAUUUUUUGGUGAAAGAAGAUUAGCUGUACUGAUGUAG